AUGUCCGUCACCGUCGCUGAGCUUGACGCCACCGUCAGGGCUUUCCAAGAAGGCAAGGGCGAUCUCCAGAAACAGGCUCAGCAAAAACUCAAUGAAUUCAAGUCCAAUCCUGACGCAUGGUUGAUGGUGGACAAGAUUCUGCAAGAGGCUUCUUACAUGCCAACAAAGUAUCUUGGUCUGCAAGUUUUAGACGACGUUGUCAACACCCGAUGGAAAGUCCUGCCACGAGAUCAGUGCCUGGGCAUUCGAAACUUCGUCGUUGGCCAGAUUCUCUCUUCUUCUGAGACCGAGGAGGCCCUCAAGACCAACAAACUGUUCAUCAACAAGCUCGAUCUGACCCUCGUCACUAUCCUCAAGCAAGAAUGGCCGCACAACUGGCCCACCUUCAUCAACGAAAUCAUUUCGGCUUGCCACACUGGUCUAUCAGUCUGCGAGAACAACAUGACUAUUCUGCGCUUGCUGUCUGAGGAGGUGUUUGAUUUCUCCCAAGAUCAAAUGACCUCCACCAAGGCUAAGAACCUUAAGACAACCAUGUGCGCCGAGUUCUCCUCCAUUUUCCAGCUGUGUAAUGAAGUCCUUACCACUGCAAACUCAAUCACUCUCGUCAAGGCUACUUUGGACACUCUGCUUCGUUUUCUGAACUGGAUUCCUCUUGGUUUCAUCUUUGAGACUAAGCUCAUUGACACCCUUGUCUCUCGAUUUCUCGAGGUCGACCAAUUCCGCAAUAUCGCCCUCAAAUGCCUCACCGAAAUCGGCGGUUUGCAACUCGGCCAGCAAUAUCAGUAUGAUGAUAAGCUCGUCCAGAUGUUCACCGAGACAUUGACCGUUGUCGCCCGCACAUUACCUCUAGACACUGAUUUUCGCGAGGCUUAUGCAAAAGCCGGGCCGAGGGAACAGGAAUACAUUCUCAACCUCGCCAUCUUCCUCUGCAACUAUUUCUCCGUCCAUCUCCAAACCAUCGAGAGACUACCGAACGCGGACUAUCUCUUGCAUGGCCAUUUCUAUCUCAUCAAGAUCAGUUUGAUCGACGACCGAGAGAUAUUCAAGAUCUGUCUCGAGUACUGGACGAAGCUUGUCCAAGAACUCUACGAGGAGAUGCAGCAGCUGCCCAUCACCGAACUCAAUCCCUUGGUCAACAUGGGUGUCUCAGGCCUAGCCAAUGGAGGAGCCCCUCAUCCAAGUACCCUCGCGAAUUACCCUCUCCGCAAGCACAAGUAUCAACAGGUUCUGUCAAGCCUCAGACAGGUCAUGGUUGAAAAGAUGGUCCGACCAGAAGAAGUUCUUAUUGUCGAGAACGAUGAGGGCGAGAUUGUACGAGAAUUUGUCAAAGAGAGCGAUACCAUUCAACUAUACAAAACCACCCGUGAGUGCUUGGUGUAUUUGACUCACUUGGAUGUCGUUGAUACAGAGAACAUCAUGUCCGAAAAGUUGCAGCGACAGGUAGAUGGGAGCGAGUGGUCGUGGAAUAAUUGCAAUACCCUAUGCUGGGCCAUUGGCUCGAUAUCUGGCGCAAUGAACGAGGACACCGAAAAACGUUUCCUAGUGACGGUGAUCAAGGAUCUCCUUGGAUUGACGGAGAUGAAGCGUGGUAAGGACAACAAGGCGGUCGUGGCCAGUAACAUCAUGUACAUCGUGGGCCAGUAUCCUCGCUUCCUGAAGGCCCAUUGGAAAUUCUUGAAAACCGUCGUCAACAAACUUUUUGAGUUCAUGCACGAAACACAUGAGGGUGUCCAGGACAUGGCAUGUGAUACUUUCAUCAAGAUUGCGAACAAGUGCAAGCGUCAUUUCGUGGCACUGCAACCGGGGGAGACCGAACCAUUCAUUGACGAGAUUGUACGCAAUAUGCGGAAGAUCACCUGUGAUCUUACCCCUCAGCAGGUCCACACUUUUUACGAGGCUUGUGGCUACAUGAUAUCUGCGCAGGGCCAGAAGAGUGUACAGGACCGACUCAUCGAUAACCUCAUGUCACUUCCCAAUCAGGCGUGGGACAACGUCAUUGCGCAGGCCAACAACGACCCAGCCAUCCUUCAAGAUGCAGAUACCAUAAAAGUUGUUGGUAACAUCAUGAAGACAAACGUUGCUGCUUGCUCGUCAAUUGGGAGUUACUUCUAUUCUCAGAUUGGACGUAUUUAUCUCGACAUGCUCAAUAUGUACCGUGCAUCCAGUCAACUGAUAUCGGACUCUGUGGUCUCUGGAGGGAAUGUUGCUACGAAGACUCCUAAAGUCCGCGGCCUGCGAACUAUCAAAAAAGAAAUCCUCAAGCUUGUCGACAUCUAUGUGCAGAAAGCAGAUGACCUGCAAAUGGUCAACGACAGCAUGGUACCGCCACUCUUGGAUGCUAUCUUGCUCGACUACCAACGCAACGUACCCGACGCUCGAGAUGCUGAAGUCCUGAGUGUGACUACCACGAUCAUUCACAAACUACAUAAUCUUAUGGACGAUAAGAUUUCUCCAAUCAUGGAUAGUAUCUUCGAAUGCACGCUUGAGAUGAUUAACAAGGACUUCCAUGAUUAUCCCGAGUUCCGUGUCGAGUUCUUCAAGCUUUUGCAGGCUAUUAACCUAUUCUGCUUCCCAGCAUUACUCAAACUAGACGGACGACAGUUCAAGUUUGUGAUUGAUUCUUGCAUGUGGGCCAGCAAGCACGACAACCGGGAGGUUGAAAACACCGGUCUUUCGAUGUGCCUUGAACUCAUCAACAACAUGGCCGAAACCGAUCCUCAGACUGCUGGAGUUUUCUUCCAACAGUUUUACAUCUCAAUCCUCCAGGAUGUCUUCUUUGUCCUUACCGAUUCUGACCACAAGGCCGGUUUCAAAUCACAAUGCAUGCUUCUAGCUCGCAUGUUCCAGCUUGUUGAAGCGAACAAGAUCUCUCAACCACUGUAUCAGCCCGAUCAAGCCGCCCCUGGGACUUCGAACAAACAAUUCGUGAGCGAAUUUACAGCCAAUCUUCUACACAAUGCGUUUUCCAAUCUCAAAGAAAUCCAGAUUCAGCACUUUGUUAAUGGCCUAUUCGCGUUGAACGAGGAUCCCACUAAAUUCAAGACUCAUCUUCGAGACUUCCUGAUCUCGCUCAAAGAGUUUGCUGGAGACAACGCCGAGCUGUUUGCAGAGGAAAGAGAACAGGAGAAGAAGGAUCUCGCUGAUGCAGAGCGCGAGCGAAAUAUGAAAGUUGGAGGUCUCAUCAAGCCUGCAGAUCUGGAUCAAGAUGAUGAGCUGUGA